GCUCCGACGCCAAUGAGGACUCUGGUGAGAAAGAAGCGGUGAUCUGAGCAUGGAGGCACCGACUUGAGGCAGCAUGGCUCUCUGUCUGAGGUGGCGCCGGCUCGGGCUCCCGCUGCCGGGGUUCCGCGGCUGCGAGCUGCACACAGUGCAUGAGGCCUCUGUGCUGACUCCUCCCCAUUGGCUGGCAGAGCGGUUUGCCCUCUUUGAGGAGCUGUGGGCCGCUCAGGUGAAAAGGUUAGCGAGUGUGACCCAGAAGAAAGCCCGGGCUAUUAAGAUAUCACUUCCUGAAGGCCGGAAGGUAGAUGCUGUUGCGUGGAACACAACCCCUUACCAACUAGCCCAGCAGAUCAGCUCCACACUGGCCGACACCGCUGUGGCUGCUGAAGUAGAUGGAGAGCUCUAUGACCUGGAGCGGCCCUUGGAGACAGACUGCCACCUCAGAUUCCUGACCUUUGAUUCCCCAGAAGGCAAAGCGGUAUUCUGGCACUCUAGUGCCCACAUUCUGGGCGCAGCAGCUGAGCAACAACUGGGUGCUGUUCUCUGCCGAGGUCCAAGUACAGAAUCUGGCUUUUACCAUGAUUUCUUCCUGGGAAAAGAGAGGACAGUCCGGAGCUCAGAGUUGCCCCUUUUAGAACGGAUUUGCCAGGAGAUCAUAGCUGCAGCACCGCCGUUCCGGAGGCUAGAGGCUUCCCGGGAUCAGCUUCGGCAGCUCUUCAAGGAUAACCACUUCAAGCUUCAUCUGAUCGAGGAGAAAGUGACAGGCCCAACAGCAACAGUGUAUGGGUGUGGUAUGUCGGUGGAUCUUUGCCGGGGCCCCCAUCUGCGGCACGCUGGACAGAUUGGAGCUCUGAAGCUGCUGGCGAACUCCUCAGCCGUGUGGAAGUCCUCAGGAGCUCCAGAGACACUGCAGAGAGUGUCGGGAAUUUCUUUCCCCAAGGCAGAGUUACUGAGGAGCUGGGAAGCCUGGAGGGAGGAAGCGGAGUUGAGAGACCACAGACGUAUCGGGAAGGAACAGGAGCUCUUCUUCUUCCAUGAACUGAGCCCUGGGAGCUGCUUUUUCCUGCCGCGCGGGACAAGAGUCUAUAAUGCCCUGGUGGCUUUCAUCAGGGCUGAAUACGCACGUCGUGGUUUCUCAGAGGUGAAAACUCCCACGCUGUUUUCUACAAAACUCUGGGAACAGUCAGGGCAUUGGGAGCAUUAUAGGGCGGACAUGUUUUCCCUGAAGCCCCCAGGCACUAAUGGUCCCGACAGCUCUCAGAGUGGCCACCCUGCCAGGUGUCCCAAAGACACACUUGCUCUCAAGCCCAUGAAUUGCCCUGCACACUGCCUCAUGUUCGCCCACCGGCCCAGAUCAUGGCGGGAACUACCUGUGCGACUGGCUGAUUUUGGAGUCUUGCAUCGCGCUGAGGCCUCUGGCGGUCUGGGAGGAUUGACGCGGCUAUGGCGCUUCCAACAGGACGAUGCUCACAUCUUCUGUGCACCAAAUCAGCUGGAAGCAGAGAUCCGAGGCUGCCUUGAUUUUCUCCGAUCUGUUUAUGCUGUUCUUGGUUUUUCCUUCCGCCUGGCUUUAUCUACCCGGCCGUCUGGCUUCCUAGGGGAACCUCACCUGUGGGACCAGGCUGAGCAGGUCCUACAACAAGCCUUGGAGGAAUUUGGAGAACCCUGGGACCUUAACCCUGGAGAUGGUGCUUUCUAUGGGCCUAAGGCAAGCUGGACCACACUUAGGAGUUGUAUUUAUUCUGUCCUCUUUAAUUAAGUUGUAUCUAUAAAGAACUGCUUUAAAACUUGUGUAGGCCAUAAAAAACCAGUGCAUAUCUGCCCUGUGGAGCUUAGUGCUCCCUGAAGGCCGAGCUGGGUGAACCGGCCACGUCAGCACAGUGGAGCCGUGCUGUGUAGCGUCAUGGGAGCACAGCGGGUGCAGCAGGACUCAGUCUAGGGAAGCCUUCUGCAGGAACUGGGUCUCGGGAGGGAAUGGCGUAGGCAUCUAGAGGUAGGAGGAUGGGGUAAGAACUCACAGAGCAAGUUAGAAGAGAAGAAAGUAUAGGGCAGAAAGGCUGUUAGGAGCCUACUAUGGGCACUGGGCUAUAACUGUAGGUACUUGAGAGAUUCAAAAAUGAUCACAUGAGCCCUGGGAUUUGAGGCCAGCCAGGGUAGCAAACAAAGACCUCACCCCAAAACCAGGACGAUAGGAAUAAGGCUCAGUGGUAGAAUAACUUGACAAGUUGCACAGGCUCUGGAUUUGAUCCCCAACCGUGCAAGAAAAGGAGGCAAGGCCCUGAGGUCGCCUUGUUGGAUGUGAGGCUGCUUGUUUCCUUGGGUUUCUCACGCUGUGAGCACAGAUUGGUCUGGAACUAUUAUUUAUUUUUAGUUUUUCAAGACAGGUUUUCUCUGUGUAGCUCUAGUUGUCCUGGAACUCACUCUGUAGACCAGGCUGCCCUGAGCUUAGAGAUCCAUCCUGCCUCUGCCUUCCAGUGCUAGGAUUACUGGUGUGCUCUACUACACCCAGCUUGGCUGCUGGGUUUGUUUUGUUUUGUUUGUUUUUACAGUUUUUUGUUUGUAUUGUUUUAUUUAUUUAUUUACUUAUUUAUUUAUUAUAUAUACAAUAUUAUGUCUGCAUGUAUGCCUGCAGGCCAGAAGAGGGCACCAGACCCCAUUACAGAUAGUUGUGAGCCAUCAUGUGGUUGCUGGGAAUUGAACUCAGGACCUUUGGAAGAGCAGGCAAUGCUCUUAACCGCUGAGCCAUCUCUCCAGCCUGUAUUGUUCUUUCUAAAAAUUUGUUUAUUUCUGGGUAUUGGAGAGAUUGCUCAGCAGUUCAGAGCCCUCGCUGCUUUUGCAGAGGACCCGCGUUCUCUAUGUUCUCCUAUUUGCUGACUCCCAGCCAUACGUCCUAACUCCAGUCCAGGGGUUGGUGCCAUGCAUGUGCGGCACUUUUACACAUGCAGGCAAAACAUGCAUUCACAUAAAUAAAAAAAAAUGUUCUAAAAAAGUUUUUUUUGAAGGUUUAUCUUAAGUUGGGCAAUGGUGGUGCACACCUUUAAUCCCAGCACUCAGGAGGCAGAAGCAGGUGGAUCUCUAUGAGUUCAAGACUAGCCUGGUCUACAGAUUGAGUUCCAGAAUAGCAAAAAAACCCUCUCUUAAAAAAAAGAUUUAUCUAUACCAGGCAUAGUGGCCCACACCUUGAAUCCCAGCAGCAGAGGCAGCCAGCCAAGCAAGAGUUCAAGGCCAGCCUGGUUUACACUGUGAGUUUCAGGCUAGCGAGGGCUACACAGUGACACCUCGUCUUUGGAACCUGUGUAUAGAAGGCAAGAACCAGCUCCCAAAAGUUGUCCUCUGCCUUCUACAUCCUUACCCCAUACACAUACAGACAAAGUAAAUAAAUGUAAAAACUUUAUUAAAAAACAACAAUAA